UGGAAGCCGACGCCUUGGGACAUUGCUGCAUUUUCUCCAAUGGACCCUUUACCAGCUCUCUUUUCUUCCCAUCUCCGGCCAUUGGAUUUCUGGAUUGCUCGUCUUCUCGCAGAGUGCGAUGAGAAGAAGGUCUGAUGGUGCUCUCGGCACGAAGACCUUGGUAUGGUGGCCAAUAAUAACAACAGACGCCCACCCGCCUCAUUUGAUUAUUCCCAUUCCCUGCCUGCGCCUCCAACCCCAACUCUCCGCUGGCUCACCACUCAGCACACAUCCAUCUUAUCUUAUCUCUUAGCAAAAUCGAUUGCGAUAUCGGAUGGCGACCGCUGCGUGGACAAUCCCAAUCCAAACCCUCAUCGGCCUUGAAAUUGGCGACGAUUUCAACCUGGCUUCAACAUCCGCCGCGAGUCCAGGCGAUGGCCCUGGUACCGCCUACACAAGCCCGACCCAAAGCCACAAAAGGAAUGCCUCCGUUGCGGGUUUCGACAGCUCCCCAGCGAGCCUUGAGUCACCAGAUCAUAAUGGUGACGAACACAUGCGUGAUGGCAGGCGGAGACCGGUGAAAAGAGCUUGCAAUGAAUGCCGACAGCAGAAGCUGCGAUGCGAUGUUGUGCAGGAACCUUUUCAGACAUGUACGCGCUGCAAGCGACUCAAUCUCGAAUGCAAAAUCGAGGACAAUUUCAAGAGGAUUGGCAAGAGAUCACGAAAUGCAGAAAUGGAGCGCGAGAUCAUCGAGCUGCGGAAACAAGUGGCUGCACAGCAGACCACGGGCGUGGCGACUGUCUCUCACACGAACGGCAGCGCAAAUCUGCAGGUAUCACCUUCAGCAGACGGGACCUUUACUUCGGACGCCGCGGCGGCGGGAUUACUGGACUUGCGAGGCGGCGGUUCAGGCAGACCCAUCUUCAAGCGGUUAGAAGAGGUGUCCUUGACCAUCGAUCGGGCACAGGAGCUGUUCCAACGUUUCUUCACCUUUCAUCACCCUUUUCUCCCUUUCCUCAACCCCGAUAGGACUCCGGAUGAAUACUACGCUCGAUCACCUUUGUUGUUUUGGACCAUCAUUUCAGUGGGCGCGCGGCACUACACGCCGGAGCCCGAUCUAUAUGGAUCUCUGACUGGACCUGUAAUGCGGCUUGUCUGGUCCACUGUCGCCGAGGUUCCGCAAAACUAUCACAUCGUCAAGGCCCUCAUCCUGCUGUGUGCUUGGCCUCUACCCACCAGCAGCACUUCGACAGACCCAACCUUUAUGCUCUGUGGGAUGAUGAUGCAGAUUGCCUUGCAGAUCGGUCUACAUCGUCCAACUCACGCCCAAGACUUCUCCAAAUUUCGGGUAGAACUCAGAGAAGUGGAACUACAAGAUCGAGUUGUGGUUUGGAGCGUUUGCAAUAUUGUUGCUCAAAGAAUUUGCACUGCUUAUGGCCAGCCACCUCUAAGCAUCUACGAUUGGACUCUCGGACCAAAGCCGAUUGAAACGAACCCCAAUUACGAACUGCCCGCUCCCAUCUUCAACCGGUUGCUAAUCGAGAAGUUUGUCGACAAGGUCUCGAGAACACUGUACAUGAAUCCACACGACCCUGUCGGGCUUGCAGCCGACACGGAACGGCCUACCUACGUUUCGUUUCUCGCACACGAGCUUGAAGAGCUUGAAGAUAGGUUACGCAAGGACACCUCGCCAAUCACAAAAGUAUACCUCCGGGCGGCUGCUCUGCAUAUGAGAUUGAGUGCCUUUUUCUCACCGCCCACGCUGCCUUCAUAUCGGACCGAUAUGUUGAAGCUGUACUAUGCCACGACUGAUUUCCUUGAGACAUGCCUCAGCCUAGAGUCCAAUGUCAGCGUCAACCUACCUUCCAGCUACUCACACGGCUUAUCGCUAUCGCAUGCGACGAACUAUAUCUUCCACAUGAUGCUUGGUGCUGGCUUUUCCCUUCUCAAACUCAUGCAUAACUUUCUGGGGGAGCACGAGCUAGAUGCAAAAGGAGCAUCUGAACUUCUCUCAAGAACGGUGUGGGCCCUGAGAAACAUGAGCGUGGUGGAAAACGAUCUUGCGGAGCGCCUGUCGGAAGUUCUGGCCCAGGUUUGGAAAAGUGGACGAGUGCGCGCAGAGCCAAAUCGGAAUAACAUUGGCGAGGGCGGGCCCGACGACAGUUUGCAGCUCAAGGUCAAGUGUCGGAUGUCCAUGUCUGUAGUGUUCGACUCGGUUUGGCAGUGGCGACAGAAUUUCCAUUUCCGCGGGGGGAAACCAUCUGAUGGUAAGGAUGGCCCCGUUCCGUGCGAGGAUGAUGCUGACUGCAAGGCAGUGAGGCAGCGAAACCCUACCCUCGAGCAACCCGACAAUCAGAUCGUCAUACCGGCAUCAAGCAUGGACUCGAAGCCGACAGUAAAUGAUCCAAUGUUGCCCAACUCUACUAUCGUGCCUGGCAUGGCUGGGAUGGCCACAGGGAUGGUCGACGAUGUCGGCAUGGACUUUGGACAAGCGAGCUAUGAUGUUUUUGAUCCGUUAAAUUGGAUGCUGGAUGGGAUAGUGGAUUUUCCUUACAACUUCAACAAUGUGCAGGGUAAUGAACUGGCGGGCAUGGAAUCACUUGGUGGAGGAAUAUGAGCGGCUAGGGAAUUUGCGAUGUGUUCAUGGCGCUUGUCUGUCUUUGCGGCCACCGCCGACUGGGCGACCAACGUCUUUCUAUUUUCCACAUAUAGAUAUCCCAGGUGAUUUACGGAAAAUUUAUUGUCUAUUGUUAGAUCAGAAUCUUGAAGGCUUUACAGUACAAUA